AUGAAUCCAUCAUUUAUUCAUUUACAACAAGAGAUUAAUCAAGAGAUUGGAAUGAUCGAGAAGAUCUAUGACGUCUUUGUGAAUUGUCGCUAUGAACUCGAGUCUGCCGAGAAUUUGUAUUUAGAAGGAAUGGAUGAAAGAAAUGAGAUGAUUGUGCACAAAAAUAUUGCUCCAAUCGAUGUGUCUAUCGAUUUCACAAACGGGAAAAAAGAAGAAGAUGAUGAUGAUGCAAUUGAUGAAGGACUCUUUCUAGAGAAGAAGACUUGGUCAAGCGAACACGCACAAGAUGUCUCUUAUAUCAUUCAUACAUCAGGCACAACAGGGAUUCCAAAAGGAUCAGUAAACAUAAACGAAUCAAUCAUCAACAUGUCCCUUCAAUCAACUCGUCAUUUCUUUAUCACUUCAAACGAUUGCACCUUUCAAUUCACCAAUUUCGUUUAUGAUAAUAGUGUUUUGGAGUACUCGAUGGCUUUUGUGAAUGGUGGAUUGUUGAUAUUCGAACAACAACCGUUUACACCAAAGAAUUUCGUGAAAAAUCUAAAAAAACAUAGAAUAACCUAUGCUUUAUUGUUCCCAGGACUUGUACAAAUGUUCUCAGAAAGUGAACUUUUUGAACUAAAACGUUUAAGAUAUUGGAUAGUUGGUGCUGAGAAAUUGGCAAAAAGUCUUUUCGAGAAAGGACUGCAAAUCGGCGUGAAUAUCAUUCAGAAUUAUGGGCCUACUGAAACGACGUGUUUUGCUUUUUAUAAACACAUGAAAUGGGGAGAUCAUGCCAAUAAUUUAGGGGAAAUCAUUCAAAAUGCGGGAUUCAUUUUGAGAAAUCGUCAAGAGAACGGCAAAAGUAAAGAGCUUUUGAUUUGUGGAAAUGGAUUGAUGAGAGGGUAUUUGAAUAGAACAAUUCAAGAAUCUUUUGUUUUCCAUCAGCGGGAGAGAUUCUACGAUUCGGGAGAUCUUCAUUCUACGAUUCGGGAGAGGUUCUACGAUUCGGGAGAUCUUGUCGAGUUGUUGCCGGAUGGACGGAUCGUUUUCCUGGGGAGGAAAGAUGCACAAAUAAAACUGAACGGUCAUCGCGUGGAAUUGGGAGAAAUCGAGGCAUCGCUGGUGGGAAUAAAUGGAGUGAAACAUGCAAGAUGUCUACUUUUCAACGAUCAGACAUUAAUCGCUUUCUAUUCAGGGAAAGAAAUUGAAGAUUUAAUGUCAAAGCUCUCCUCCUCAAUCCCGCGUCAUAUGAUUCCAAAUGAGAUUUUCUAUCUACAAGAAAUGCCAUUGACAUCGAAUUGCAAAUAUGCUGUCAAACAUUUGUCUUAUCCCAAUGCACUUCUAAUCAAUGUGGAUGGAUCGAUUGAUGGAACUUUGCAGACUUUUGAGCAACACGCACAACAAAUGAAAGAGAUCUUGGAGAAGUGGACGAGUUCUCCGUUUCAGGAUCAGAUUCUUCUCGAGAGAAUGAUCCGCUCUUCUUGGGAAUUCCUUGUGAUGGCGAGUGAAUGGACGGCUCCAAUCGCAACAAAUUCCCUGAAGAUGAGCAAUUCCCUCAACCCCGUCCUUUCAUCAGCUUGUCCAACGUUGGGUACUUCAACAUAUAUUUUGGUGACAAUCACUCCAGCAAUUGAUGAAUCGAGUUUUAUCGCAAUUCUCAAAUUCUACACAGAGUUAACUCUAAACGAGACGACGAAAUAUCACUUCAUUUUUGGGAGCACUCCAGCGGCACCGGUGGAAACGGAUAAUUUACUAAAGAUAAUCGAUCAAUGGAUCGACAAACCCGAUUUACUCACUUCAUAUUACAGUCAAUCGUUGACGAAAUCGAAAGACGAUAUCCAAUAUGGAACGGAGAUCGCCGACUCGGUCAAGUACAAUAUUCAGGGACCGGUGAUCGCUGAGAACACCGUCUCCUCAAGUGUGGCCAAGAAGAAACAAAUUGUGAUCAUUUGUGAUUACGUGAAUGUGAAUGCGACUUUUCUUCUCAACGAUUUCAUUCAAACUCCAAACACAUUAAUUUUGGGUUUAUCCCAUGAUAUGAAUUUGGAUGAUAUCCGACAUUUCGCUCAAUUUGACGUUUAUUCGACGAUUGAUGAUCUAAAGAAUAUUUACAAUGCUUUCGUUAAAGAUGUCUCUUUUGACUUUCCAACCGAUCAACAAUCACUCAUUCCCGCCAUGAAUAUGAUCUAUGUCGUUGAUCAUCUUUAUAUGCAAAGUGCUGAGAAAGUCUUUCUCAAUAUGGUAAGCGGUGCUUUGUGUCAUCCUUUGCAGGGUCGAAUGAAUGACAAAUUCGCUUCGAUCACUUACGUUACCGCUAAUGCGACACGGGAGAUCGAUCUCCCAUGGUUAGAGGCGGAAACGGCAGACUUUGGCUCGAAAUGUAUCAGCUUUUUCAGAAAAACAAGUGAUAUCAGCAAUUCGACAAAUGCUCAACGCGAAGUGAUAGAAGAUUUCAUUUCUUCACUUUACCCAUCCGGAGCCACUCCAGCAAACUAUACAUUUUCUGUUUUAUUGCUUGGAAAGAGGCUGGAGCUAAGUGAUCAAUUGGAGGAUCAAAGACUUAAUGUUUCGGCACCAUUUCAUAUUUGGGCUGACGAUGAUCCGUUAACUGUUUACAACGAGGUGACAAGCAAAAUACUUGAUAAACUCAGCUCGGAUCUGGAUCAUUUGGUCCUUCCCUACACUUGGCUAUCCACUCAGAUCUACAAUGAAAGUACCGUUUGUCGAGACGUCGUUUCACAGACUAAACUCUUGGCCUCAAAGCCUUACCAUAAAACCAAGCAUUUCUAUUUGGCUGUCGAUGAUAUGAUCUGGAUGACGAUUUGUGCUGGUUCUUCAGCGAUUAUUGUCGGCUAUAUGAUAUAUCAAAAAUCGCGAAGACUUUACCAAGAACAAUUGGAAAUGAUGAAUGAAAUCGCAGCACAACCAUUGCAAUACAAGGUGGCCAAGGAGAACGUGAAAAUGGCUAGGCUUCCCUGGGAAAUCAAGGCCGAUCGAGUGCAUAUUGAUCGAGAAUGUGUAUUGGGUGAAGGGACACAUUCGGAUGUGUAUUUGGGAAGGUUGAAAGGGAAAGCGCCGAUUAUGCAGUGGAUUGAUCGAGUCGAGAUGAGACAAUUUCAAGAUUGCGCAGUGGCUGUUCGGGUUCCCCGACGAUUCGACGAGGCUGAAGAGGAGCAAUUGUUCCGUGAAGUUGCUUCAAUGAGGCGAUUGAGAUGUCACGCACAUGUAGCUCUAUUUCUUGGCUGGUCAUCAAUCGAUAAUCUUGUUUGUUCUCUGCUAGAAUUAACACAUACAAAUUUCGGGAAAUACCUCAGACAGAUCAAUGAAAGAAUGCAUGAAUACGCUCACGAACACGAUCGAAUUCCACACAAGCAACUUUAUCAAAUAAUAUGGCAGAUUUGUGAUGGAAUGGCUUACAUCCACCAGCGUCAUCUCAUUCAUCGAGAUCUCGCAGCUCGCAACAUUUUACUCACCACAGAGUUGAGAGCAAAAAUCUCUGGUUUCAAUUUUUGUUCUGAUCCGGGUGAUCCAAAGUUUGGUCGGGGCAGUGGAUUGAUUCGUCGAUUGCCCGCUCGUUGGAUGGCUCCCGAGGCAUAUUUGGGGCAUUUCACGGCAAAAAGUGAUGUUUGGUCAUUCGGCGUGCUGCUUUGGGAGGUUUUCUCUCUAGGAAAUGCUCCAUUCGUCGAUUUACCAAACGAUGAAGCUGUGCAUAUGGCUGUUGCGGCGGGGAAGAUGCCUGCACAGCCGGCACUUGCCUCAAAUCAUGUCUACAACCGUAUGCGAUCUUGUUGGCGUAAAGAGCCAGGCGAUCGACCGAAUUUCGAGGAAUUAAAAGAAUCCUCGUUUGAUAGAUACGAGAAAUCCCACGACAAUCCGACAUUCACUUUUGAGGAACAUCAU